UCAUUUCCCUGCGAAUACGCUCCAGAAUGGAUUCCCACGUACAACUCCCUCCCUUCCUCUGUCUCCCUACUGAACUCCGCUACGAUAUUUACGACCACCUAUCCUGCGACGAACCCAUCUCAUACCUUUUUCCUCACCCCUCACCUAUCACAUCUAUCGACUGCCGUGGCCCUCCGAUUCAGCUCCUCGUCACAUGCCGCGCCAUCUACGAGGAGAUUCGCUUAUACUACUUUGGGCGCGCUACAUUCCGCCUUUUCGCGUACGGAAGCAAGGGUACGAGGCGUGAAGAUAUGGCUCCUUCGACUUUUACCGUCAUUCGCCUCGCAAAGAAGAUCGAGUUGAUGAUGGUGUGGAACAUCACGUCGCGGCGUGCUCAAACGUCUAUCAAGACUUGGCCGUGGUCUAUGAACGGUUGGUUGGAGGAGCAGGUAGAUCUGUUGUUGGAUGAGGGGAGGAACUUGCAAGAGGUGCUUGUCAGUGUGAGGGAUGUGUCUGAAGGGGUCAAGUGGGAGACAAAGGUAGGCCUGCUAUGGCCGCUGGAGAAGCUAAAGGGUAGGGUUAGGUUCACCGUGGGAGAAAUCACGGCGGCCGAUGAUGAAGAACAGGCUUUGAACUGCGACCUGGCGAGGUUCGUAAGAGAGCUGAACAGUGGAUAUACGGCUGGAUGA